CACUUCAAACAUUUUUUCGCUUUAUAAAAACAAAUUCAUCGUAUUCAAAACGAUUUUUCUUUGUACAACAAAAGAUUUAAAUUCAACGUACACAUUCAAAUAAUUUAUUUGGUAUCAGUAAUCGUAAUAAAAUAUUUACUGAAGUGAAGGAAGGCUAAAAAGGGAUGACAAAUCAAAACGGCCAAUUAAUAUUGCAGGCGUUGCAAACGCUCGAAGAACCAUCAACCGUUAUGAAAAUAGUAACGCACAUAGCAGAUACGGCGGGUGUUCAUCCCAGUGAUGUUAAGGAAUCGGUGCAAGAAACAUUGAAUGGCGGUGUGCGGUACGGUUAUAUACAACGAUCUAACCGCAAGUACUAUGCGGUACCAGUCGACUUGGACACCAUUGCCGGUGAGAAGGAUAACGACCAGGAGGUAGAAACGAAUAGAGAAGAUUCCAAGGACACGGGUGAGAUGGGGGAUCGUUGCGGGCGACGUCGCAGUAGAAAGCGUAGCUGUCGUAGCCGUAGCCGACGUGGCUCCAGACGUCGUUGCCGUCGUUAGUGCUUCUUUUUUUUUGUUUUCGAAAAAUCAAGGAGCCUCAAAGAAAAAUGAGCGAUUUGAAUUUAUCUAUAUUUUGAUGUGUCUCUCUAUGUAAUUUUUGUUUAUUAUUGUUUUUAUUUUGUGAAAAUUUUUUGAUAAUUGUGAAAAAAACUUUACAAAUGACUACGAUUAUAAUGCUCGUAUAUAUGUAGGAAUAUGUAGACGAAUAAGAAGAGUUUUGAAUUUUUGUAAAGAAA